AUUCAACACGUCGUCCCUGAAGUUACAAUUCCACCAGAAGUUACGCCAGAAAAUGUUGUCACGCAUAUUGUCGAUUCUUCAGCCCGUGCAGAAAAUCGUGAACAAUUGGAGACAGAAAUUAGGAAGGCACAUGUGAUAUGUAUUGUCUAUUCUGUAGACAAUCAACAUACAUUUAACCGUCUAGCCUCAUAUUGGCUGCCAUAUAUCAGGGGUCUUGGGGUGAAUGUGAGCAAAAGAGGGGAAAAACAAAAAAAAGUCCCUGUUGUGUUGGUAGGAAACAAGAUUGAUCUACGAGGGGAUCAAGUCACCAAUCAGUCAUUGGAAGAUGAAAUAAUACCCAUAAUGAACGAGUUUAAGGUUUUGAAACCGGCUUGCAUCGACGCGCUUAAACGAAUUUUUAAUUUAUGUGAUACUGACAAGGACGGUGUGCUGAAUGAUGAUGAAUUGAAUGAAUUCCAGAGAAAAUGUUUCAAUGCCCCACUUCAACAACAAGAGCUUGAAGGGGUAAAGGAGGUUGUAAAGGAGCAUGAGCCUGCUGGUGUUAAUGAAGUUGGGUUUGACGUGCCUCAUGACUGCUCUGUAGAGUUAAGUCCUAAUGGCUAUCAAUUCUUCACUGAUAUAUUUCAAGUUUUUGAUAAGGAUAAAGAUGGGGCAUUGAAAGAUAGCGAAUUAGAACAGUUGUUUAGCACAACGCCAGCUAAUCCGUGGAUAAAUUCUGAGUUUCCACAUACGACGAUUACAAAUGAAGCUGGCGCAGUGACGCUACAAGGGUGGCUUGCACAAUGGAGCAUGACAACAUCGCUUGAUUAUAAGACGACGCUGUCGUAUUUAGCAUAUCUUGGAUUCGAAGGAGAUACUACGACGGCAUUAAAAAAGACAAAGCCUAGGAAGGCUGAUAGAAAACGAAACAAAGUCCAAAGAAAUGUGUUUCUGGCUUAUGUCUUUGGGGCGGCUGGGUCUGGUAAGUCAUCACUGUUAAGGGCAUUUGUCAACAAACCUUUUACAGAUGGAUAUACGCCGACCUCAAGAUCGUUUAGUGUCGUGAACUCUGUUGAGAUAAAAGGCGCAGAAAAGUAUUUGGUGCUUCAAGAAUUUGGUUCGAAAUACGAGGCUGAGAUACUCCAGAAUAAACGUAAAUUGGAAGCAUGUGAUUUAAUUUGUUUUGUAUACGAUUCAAGUGAUACAAACUCGUUUUCUUACAUUGCUGAACUUCGGCGACAUGAAGUUCAGCCAGAUGUAUAUUGUCGCAAUCUUGGUCUCGCUGUUCCUCUAAGUGUUUCUGUGAAAAACCAGCAGACAGCAGAUCUAUGGAAUUUAUUAACCGGAGUGUCUAUAAAUCCUGCCAUAGCUACUCCAGGAUUAGCAGAUUCCGCGCAUGGUGUAUCCAGAAUUAAGAAAUACUUGACAUUCACAGCAGUUAUGGGUGCAAUAAUGGGCGCCGCAUUUAUGGGAUAUCGGUUGUUCCAGCAACAACGGGG